AUGUCUCUCCACGCCUCCUCGUCGGCCUCGGGCCUCAGCAGCAGCGCCCUGCGCCGGCAUCCGGCCAGCCUGACGCCCAAGGCCGUGCACAACCCGGCGCUGCUUGACCUCGUCAAGUGCCCCGUGUCGCGCGACAUGGUCGUCUACCUCGCACAGCAGGCCGCCCACGUCAUCCAGUGUGGACCGCCGCAGCAGCUGGCGACGCCUCCCACCACACCCACCAAGACGGUCGCCUGCGCCGAGGCCGACCCGGCAGGCAAGAUGGAGGUCAACGGCCUGCCCAGCCUCGAGACCUUCAUCGCCAUCCUCGUCGAGAAGAGCAACGUGCAGGUGCCGACGCUCCUCACGACGCUCGUCUACCUCGAGCGCCUCAAGUCGCGCCUGCCGCGCGUCGCCAAGGGCAUGCACUGCACACGGCACCGCGUCUUCCUCGCCACGCUCAUCGUCGCCGCCAAGUACCUCAACGACUCGUCGCCGAAGAACAAGCACUGGACCAAGUACGGCGCCCUCUUCUCGCAGGCCGAGGUCAACCUCAUGGAGAAGCAACUCCUCUACCUGCUCGACUACGACCUGCGCAUCGAGGAGGACGAGCUGCUCGUGCACUUCUCGCCCUUCUUCCGCCGCUUCGAGGACCGUGCCGAGCGCGGCCGCCGCGAGAUGCACCUGCGCAGCUGCGAGGCCGGCCGCGAGAUGGAGCGCUACGCCCGCGCCAGCCAGCGCCGCGUCGCCCUCCGCGCCCUGCCCGCCGACCAGGUGCCGUGCUGGAAUCUGCACAAGGCCGACGUGCCCGCCGCCGGCUCCACCAGCCGGCCAGCGAUGGCACGGCCGCCGACCAACGCACCGCCGUCGCCCGUCUCGCCGUCGCCGCGCGCCGACGCCUACAGCCACGUGCCGCGCCGCGUCUCGAGCUCGACGAUGCAGCGCGGCGAGAGCCACGCGUCGUCGGCGUCGAGCAGCAGCGCCGCCUCGUCCGAGGCCGAGCUCACCGACGACAACGGCAGCAGCUCGUCGUCGGCCGAGGACUACGACGACGACGACCUGGACGAGCAGUACGAAGAGUACUACGUCGACGAGGGCCAGCUCAGCGAGCGCAUGCAGGAGCACCACGUCGCCUCUGCCGACGUCGAGAUGCAGCCGGCGCUGGCGCAGGACGUCGAGGGCGUCAAGGUCGUCUCGGCGAUGCAGCGCUACGUCCAGAGCGCCAUCCCCGCCGGCCUGCGCAAGGGAUCCAUCGACGCAUCGGCUCAACACGGCGUCCGCAGCAGCCGCAGCAGCUCCAACCUGCUCGCUCGCAUGCUCGGACACCAGCCGGCAGCCUACUAA